CGAAAGGAACGUUCACUACACUUUCGCACCUCGCUGGCGCUGGUCACGGAAAAGAGAAUAAAUCCAUUGACAUACGAAAAACAAAGGCACGUCCGUGAAUGUGAAAAAUUAGCACACAUUGCCAGUGGUGCGAGCGAGCAGUUGUAUAUUUUAAACAAACAAAAUUGCUCAUCACAGAAUAGAAUAAAUAGAUGACCCCAUGAGGCGUGCAGGGAGCGGCAGCAAAAACACCACAUUGCCGACAGCUGGAGCCAGCCACACUCUCGUUUGGUCGGUCGGUCAGUCGAAAUCGAACGUUUAUUAUUGUAUUGUCAGCAAGAGUAUAAACAAAUAACAACUGACAGAAGUGGCCGAGAAAAAUGGAGAACGUGCGCUUUUCGAUAAUCGAAAAUGAUCUGAAAUGGAACUCGGAAAGCGAUCAGGUCGCCGACCAGGACGCGGACCUGCUCUUCGAGAAGAGUAGCGUUUCGAGUGAAGCCAACUUUGAUGCGGACUUCAGCAAAGAGGUGCAAAAGAUUUUCGACCGCCAGCAACAAACCCAGAACGUGUGGCGCCCGCAAGAAAUUGAUCGUACAUUGUGUGCAAUGCCCAAUGGCCAGCACGUCGUUGAUAUGGUAAAAACGGGAUGCAUUUUGGAACUCAUUCCUGACUCCAGCGACUGCAAUCUGGCUCUGAUUUGCUCUUCAAUAUACGGGAGUGUUGAGAACAUUAUGCAUCUGCUGAACCACUGUAAUGCCGAUCCCAAUGCCACCGACAACAGGGGUCGCACACCCCUUCACUUUGCCUGCUUUCGAGGAAAUGCUCCCAUUGCCAAGGUACUGCUGGAUCGCGGCUCCGAUCCGAAUCGUUGGGAUGCUAGAAAGGAGGUUACGCCGCUGCAUUGCGCUGCCAGUUCCAAAAGCGUUGAGUGCAUUCUCCUGCUGCUGCGGCGAAAGGCGAACAUCAACAUCGGUAUCGAGAAGCUAUCUGCCUUGCACUAUGCCAUAGAUGGGAACGCCGUGGACUGCGUCGAAAUCUUACUCAAGUACGGAGCAGAUCCGAAUACCCCUCAGGUGUACACCGAGACACCUCUGCAUACGGCCAGUGCAUUGGGUUACACCAAGUGCGUUCAAUUACUCCUCAGCCACCAUGCCGAUGUUCGUUCGCAGUUUUAUGAAGGAAAAGUCACGGCUUUGCACUUGGCUGCAGAGAGCGACUACGUGGACUGCGCUCGACUCCUCUUGGAACACAAAGCAGAUGUCGACUGCCGAAAUGCCAGUCAACAAACGCCACUACAUAUAGCCUGUCUCACGCAGUCGAUCGCUACAGUGCAUCUCCUUAUAUCCUACGGCGCGAAUGUGAACGCCACAUACCGUGAGGGCAGAACGGCUCUGCACGCAGCCAUCGUGAAGAAGUCCGAUUGCCUCGACUGCUGCUACGCUUUAUUGACCGCGGGUGCGGACGUUAAUAAGGCCGAUCAUUUCGGAUUCACCCCACUCCACGCAGCAGCGUUUAAUGAGUACAGCAACUGUGUCUUUGCGUUAAUUGAACACGGAGCCGAUGUCACCGCCCGCACCGAUGGACGCGUCUCAGCGCUGUCGUUCAUAGUGCGACGAACUCCCGAGAUAAUACCGAAACUAAUGAACAAAUUUAGCUCCUCGAUCAAGGCCUACGAUAAUGAACUUGGAAAUGUGGACUGCCAGAUUUAUCUUGACUUUCAACCCUUGGUUCCCAGCCGAUCGAUGGAGCGCGGCGAAACGGAGCUGCUUCUUGCAUUAAUAGAGGUCGGGCAAAAACGCAUUUUAAUGCACCCACUCUGCGAGACUUUUCUUUUUCUCAAGUGGCGCCGCAUCCGCAAGUUCUUUCUUAUGAGCCUGGCCUAUCAUACCAUCUUCGUGCUUCUGUUCACCCUCUACGUGAUUGGGGUGUUUGCGCGCUCUUGUAAGGACGGGGCAACUUGCAUAGCACCAGGCUAUGUUUCCACAAUUUGCUACUUUGUAAUCAUUCUGAAUUGUAUUUUGCUCGGAAAGGAGUUGUUUCAGAUGGCACACGGCCUCCACGGGUAUGCAAAAUACUGGGAGAACUGGCUUCAGUGGUCAAUUGUAUUUGGAGUGUUUCUCUGUGUGUCGCCGGAUAUCGUGAGUACUGGUGACUUGAGGGCGGUCCCAAUAUGGCAGCAUCAUGUGGCCGCAGUGGUGAUCCUUCUGGUCUGGCUGGAGCUGAUGAUGUUGGUUGGUCGCUUUCCCAUAUUUGGAAUUUAUGUUCAAAUGUUUACCAAAGUGGCUGUCAAUUUUGGAAAGUUUAUGUUGGCGUACAUAUGCCUCUUUGUGGCCUUCGGGCUAAGCUUUGCUGUGCUCUUUAAUGAUUACCCAGCCUUUGAGAACAUAACAUGGUCAUUUCUGAAGACCAUAACCAUGAUGUCCGGCGAGCUAGAGUUUGAAGACAUUUUCUACGGUGACUAUGCCGUAAAGUUCCCCGUCACCGCCCACAUCAUCUUCCUAUCUUUUGUCCUGCUGGUCACUGUGAUUCUAACCAACUUGAUGGUGGGCUUGGCUGUCAGUGACAUUCAAGGACUGCAAGUCAGUGCCUCACUGGACCGCCAGGUGAGACAGGCAGAGCUUGUAUCGCGUCUAGAGAGUCUCUUCUUUUCGCGACUAUUAAGGAAUGCGCCAGCCCAUUUGAUCCAACUUUGCAAGCGAAGUGCCCUGUUGAGCACCUCUCGCGACAAGCUGCAGUUCGCCUUUCGACCCAACGAUCCGCGUGAUAACCAGUUGCCCGAAAACAUCAAGCUAAAUAUAUACAAACUGGUGGCAGAGAGACGUGACAGGAAUCAGAGUCUACGGCGUCGUCAGUUCGAAAGCAACUACAAUAUCUUCAGUCGCAGUCUGCAGCGCCAGCAACAGUGCCCCCAGAGUCAGAGAGACGUGGCUGAUAGAAACCAGAAUAAGCCGUCACAGCAGCUCUCCCAUUUGAACGAGCUACUGCGUCCGCGGUCCGCUACGAAUGUUCCGCAACAGCUUCGACAGGAGCACGAGGUGACGGUCAACCUGAAGAACCACACAAAUGCCCUGAGCGACGUACGAAUCGAGGUGCAAGCAAUCAAGGCUCAGCUGGUAGAUCUAGUGACAAAAUUCGAGGAGUUCUCAGAGAGCGCUACACGCAAAUUAAACUACAGUGCCGACGAGCUCUGUCGCAUGCGCCAGACUCAAUCGAUCCCCACGGACACGCAUCUUCAAAGUCGCCAUUACUACCGCUAAGUCUGGAUGAGUGUCCACAGAACUGUUUCCAGUUUUACUUUCAUAUAUGUACCAUUAAAGAACAUAAAUAGUUA